AUGUCCUGGACAUGGUUCAACGGACACAAAGACAUACUAGAUCUUUCCCCGUAUCGCAUACCUAAAGAUGGGUUUAUUCCCCUGCAGACGAAGCUCCUCAAAGAGACUAGAGCCAUCUCGCUGGAUGCGGAUCACGUCGACAAUCGGUUGGUAGCCGGGCUGUUUGGUGAGAGUAGCCUUCUUCCGAACGUCCGCACCAUCUACCUGAUGGCAGGAAACAUAUUUCUGGCAGAAAGACAAUCUUGGCAUCCCCAUGCAGUAGCCCGACUCUUUGGACACAAUUCAUUUGCCCAUGUUGACAUAGAAGAUGACAAAGAGGUUGAGCGGCUUGAGCAGCUGCUACACGAGAUGGCCAGCGCUUCUGACGGUAGCUUCACGGACAAGUGGCACAGAGAUACCAUUACCAGAUUGCAGACUCAAGUUCGACCGCCGGCCACCUUGAUGGGGCCCUGGAAGAAGGCAAAACAGCUCGUAAUGCAAGGGUGGAUGUCGUACAACGUCGACGCUUUCUCUUUAGAUAUCGAGAGCUAUGUCAAGGAAGACGGUAUGAUAAAAGAAGACGAGGUCAGAAAGUCGUAUCCCGAAAUACCUACAGUCAAAUUAGUGCAGACAUUUGAACUGUCGCCGGUCACUAAGCUCGCAAAGUGGUACAAAGAUUAUGGAAGACAGUAUAUCGAGGACAUGAGAGGUUGA